CUUCCCCAUGCUGACCAGAAACCGCUGAAGCAAGCAAGCAAGCAAGCUCGAUUUCCUUCUUCUCGCCGCGGUCGCAUAGCAUGCUAAAGGAUCGAACUUGUCAUUACAGCUCGGAACCCGUUGGAUUGCCGAGGAACAUGCGGAACGACGAGCCGAAGAUUCCGACCAUCGUCGAAUAAAGGUUCCGCCUUUUCUUGACCUCCUCCGAUUUUCGUCCGUCAACGGAUGUCAUCAGCGGCAGGAAAGUUUCCGCAGUAUCACUUUCGUUCCGUUCUUGGGAGUAUUUCUAUGAUGCCUGAGCUUUAGCUCUUCCCGCGGCUCCUGCAAAUCCCGGGUGCUGGAAAUUUCAGGCGAUGGCUAAACUUGGCUUCCCCAGUUUGAAAUCCGUUUGCAAAUUCACCGUCCCUUGUUCGAAAUGGCUGUCGUGUUAUAGUUCGAAGUAUCCUACUCGAGUAUCACGUCCAUCUCUCGAUGCCAUCCACUGCUCCAGAGAGUCAAGAUCUCUUGACCAUGUGAAAGCGUACCAGAGAAUGCUGGCUCCUGUAUCAGUCUAUGGUGCUACCGGUUACCUGAGAAGACCCACCAACGGAUUUUCUCCAAAACUACCCCGCACGGGCGGUGGAAGUACUUUCUCCCCCUUUUUGGCAAGCCCCAUGUUGAAUUCUCGGUCAUUUGCAUCGUAUUUCGGCGGCAAACGAGAUGCACCCGAGGAAUCGGAAGUAUCGGCUGUUUCUGGGGUAGGCAAUGUGGGUAAUGGGGACAGUGCGGUUGUAUCGAGUGAGUGGCUUGAUAAGAUGAAGGAAGCUUGGCACGGCGCUGUUGAUGUGGCUGGUCACACACGGGAGAAGGUUAAGGAUGUAUCUGAUGAAUGGACUCCUUAUGUGCAGCAGGUGCUCGAUUCGCACCCUUAUGUUGAGAAUGUUGUUAUGCCAAUUGGUCUUACUUUGACCGGUACUCUAUUGGCAUGGUUUGUGAUGCCUAGAAUAUUGAGGAGAUUUCACAAGUACGCAACGCAAGGUCAGGCUGCUUUGCUCUCGGGAACCCCUUUGGGAGAAGAAGUUCCUUAUGACAAAAGCUUCUGGGGGGCCCUAGAGGAUCCUGUCAGAUAUCUCAUCACCUUCAUGGCAUUUUGGCAGAUUGCCAUGAUGGUUGCUCCUACAACUAUAGCAUCUCAAUACAUUGGGCAAGCAUGGAGGGGUGCAGUUAUUCUUUCAUUUGUGUGGUUCUUGCAACGCUGGAAAACAAAUGUGUUCUCUCGUGCAUUAGUACUCAAGGGUUUGGCAGGGCUUGAUCGAGAAAAAAUGCUUACACUAGACCGACUUUCAUCUAUAGGGCUGUUUGUAAUUGGGUUGAUGGCUUUAGCAGAAGCAUGUGGGGUGGCUGUGCAAUCAAUCAUUACAGUUGGUGGUAUAGGAGGUGUAGCAACUGCUUUUGCCGCCAGAGAUAUACUUGGAAAUGUGCUGAGUGGCUUGUCUAUGCAGUUUUCAAAGCCCUUUUCGCUUGGAGAUACAAUAAAAGCUGGAUCUAUAGAAGGUCAAGUUGUCGAAAUGGGGCUUACGACCACAUCACUGCUUAGUGCCGAGAAAUUUCCUGUCAUUGUUCCAAAUUCGUUGUUUUCUAGCCAGGUGAUUGUAAAUAAGUCGCGUGCUGAAUGGCGUGCCAUAGUCACCAAAAUCCCUUUGCAAAGUGAUGAUCUGGAGAAGAUUCCACCAAUAUCAAAUGACAUCAAGAAUAUGCUGAAGUCACAUCCAAAGGUUUUCUUGGGUAGAGAAGUCCCUUACUGUUUCCUGUCACAAGUGGAAGGUUCUUAUGUCGAACUGACUCUUGGUUGUAAUCUCAAACAUAUGGGUAGAGAAGAGUUGUACACCACACAACAAGAUAUCCUUAUUCAGUCUGUCAAGAUAAUCAAGCAGCAUGGUGCUAGAUUAGGCAGCAGAAUGCAAGAAACAAUUGGUCAAUGACACUGGAAGAAUGCGAGUUUCUAUUUGGAGCUUUUUUGGCUGACAGUUCAGCUUGCGGCAAGGACCAUCUGCAGAUCGGAAGCCUGAUUUUUUGUUUUGUGCCCUUUUGCUGCUGGUUCAAGUCAUCACCAUCCAAUAUCACAUUAAUUCAUGCCCCAGAAGCUCUACCUUCGCCUACCAUUUCUAAGGAUAUGAGCCCUGGUUUCCCUUUCAUGUCGAUUUUGUUGAAAGCUUUGACAGGAAAGGGAACUUGACAACUGAGACCGUGGUUAAGUGCUCUUCGGGGAAGUUGUUCAUGUGCAUGUACAAAGAAUGAUUGACGGCAUUGUGUGCUGAUAGUGUCAUCUCAUGUGGCCUUUUCUGUUUCUUCUCAUUUGAGAGGCCGUGCGGAAGUCCAAAAUCCUCAGACUAGUGUGGUUUGAAAUUGUCUUCUACCGGGAGUCAAUUAUUUUCAUCAGUUACCACAGCAAAUGGCAAAGGAGAUGGUUUAAUCCAUUUACUAUCUCA